UGACACCAACAAGCAAGCAAAGACGAGCAACAGCGGUUAUUUGGGUUUGCACCACCACCACCACCCCCGAUCAGCAGCACCAACCAAGACAAGGCCGCAUCAACGCGAAAGCCAGGCGAGGAGUACACGAACCAUCAUCGGCUUCCCUUUCCACGAAUAUCUCUUCCCUUUGGUACCACUCCCCGUCCCUGCUUUUCUCUCUUUCUCGUUCUCUCGCCUCUGGCGUUGGCAUAGAGCAAAGCAGAAGCACGCCUCCCGUUGAGCUGUGCAAGGACAAGCAACCCACUCAACAAGAAGACAGGAGGAAGAAGAAGCAAAACGGGGACGUAGUCCUGCAUCAGGAUCAGAUUGAAAAGACGGACAAGCAGACAUGUCGUCACAGGACACCACGCGACAGCUCUUCACGGAGAUUGGCUGUCUUGAGCAUCCGUUCAUGAAAGCUUCUGUGGACGAGGUGGUGCGCGUGUCAAAGAGCUGUCAGAAACUCAUCGACACGGAGAUGGUCAGCAUAAUCAAGGCCUUUGACGAGCUCGCCGGCUCCUCUGACGUCUCUGCAGCUGUCGUGGACGCCAGGCUAGCAGCAAUGCAGACCCAAAUUGAACAACUCGAGGACCAGAUGCAAGAGAUCCGGCAAGCCGAGAGUGAAGUGUUUGAAAUGUGCGCUGCUCGUGUGCAACAUCUCCAAAACGCCGAGACAAUGAGUGCGGACCUGUGGAAGCAGCUGCGCGUCAACCGCUUUCUCGCCGACUAUCUCCUCCGUAAUGGCCUGUACGACACGGCGGAGAAGCUUGCUGCCGUCCCCGCGCUGGCGUCCCUCAUCAACGUCCCCCUCUUCCAAGAGGUGCGUGCGUUGGAGCAGCACAUCCGCAACCGCGAGUUUGAGCCCGUGUUGGUGUGGCACGCGCGCCACGAGCAGCGGCUGCGGCGACUGGGCAGCACCCUCCUCUUCAAGCUGGAGCUGCAGGUCUUCAUCGAGUUGAUACGCAAGGACGAGCGGGCAGAGGCACUCGCGUACGCGCGCACUGCAUUCCCAAAACACGCCCAGCAGCACAUGGACACAAUCAACAAGGCAGUCGGCGUGCUCGUGUUUCCUCAGCAACACGCAUCGCAGGAGUUGCUAUCGGAAGAACGGCUUGAGGACUUGGUGCAGCAGCUGCGACGCAACAACUUUGCACUGCACAGCCUCACCGCCCAGUCUGUGUUUGACGCCACGCUGCAAAUUGGCGUUUCCGCCUUCAAAACCGUGCACUGCGGCAACCCAAACACAGCGCUCUCCACCUGCCCCACGUGCAGCAAAGACAUGCAGCCGCUGGCAGCGAAGAUGCCGUAUUCGGUGCAGACGACGUCCAAGCUGUAUUGCCGCAUCAGCAAUGCCAGGAUGGACGAGCACAACCCGCCCUACAUGCUUCCAAACGGCCAGGUCUACUCGGAACAGGCGUUGCGGAGCAUGCAGGAAACCAACGGCCACAUCACGUGUCCAGAGACGCACAACACGUUCCACAUGAGUGAAUGCAAGCGCGUGUACAUUGUGUGAUGGUGUGCCCAGUGCAUGCACCAACGCAUCGCAUGAUUGAUCGACCCAUUGUAGUUUCUCUUCCUCAUCUCGCCAUUGUUUGUUACCCAUAGCCCGCCACGCUCACCCCCUCUCUUUCUCACUGUAAUAAACGAACGAGUG